CUCCGCUCUGUCCGCUCUCCCAAUCAGUUUCGGUAUAUUUUAGUUGGUUCUUUGGUUUGGGAAAAGUCCUACUUCUUGUCAAGAUGGGCUGCACUUCCGGUUGCAUCAAGUGUUUCCUCAACACCCUUAACUCCCUUAAUGCGCUUUUGGGCCUUGGCCUGAUAGGCAUAGCCACGAUAAUCCUGGGCCAAGCACCUCUCGUUUACAUCGUUUUCCUGUAUGGCUUGGGCGGCCUAAUCUUCGUUUCGGCCAUUCUGGGCUGCUGCGGCAUCUGUCAGGAGAAUGUCUGCAUGACCGCAACGUAUGGAUUCAUUCUGCUGGCUCAGCUGAUAAUAAGUCUCCUGGGCAACUUCGGUUUCAAGUUCAACGAGGACUACAUCCGGAAGUUUGCAUCGGAGGAGGUGCAGAAGAAGUGGGACCUGGAGCUGGUGGAACCAGGUGCAAUGGACCCAUACCAGAGAACGUACGAUUGCUGUGGCCGCAACGGACCGGAUGACUAUGUGAGCAUCGGUCGAACCACCUUGCCCGCCACGUGCUACCCCAAGGAGAACCACGAGCUGCCUCACUUCACCACCGGCUGUGCCCAGAGCGCUGGUGACAAGUUCCUGGAGCUCUUCACUUACUCCAGCGACACCAACUGGGUCUCCGUGGGCAUAACCGCACUGAUGGUGCUCGGUGCCUUCUAUCUGGUCGGACGCUUCCGCAAGCAGCGCAGGCGCUAUCACUACUAAGGAUUCCCGAUCUGAUUUCUCUGUGAGAAUCGUGUGUUCUAAUAAACUUGGUAGAAUCUGCCACUUCCCAUUCCAUUCCCUUAUGGAGUGGCUGAGCUAA